AUGUUACACUGUGCUUUGGCUCUCUGCCUCCUCCUUAUCACCGUCUCUUCUAACCUUGCUAUUGCCAUCAAAAAGGGGAAGAGGCCUCCUCAGACACUCUCGAGAGGGUGGGGAGAUGACAUCACUUGGGUACAAACUUAUGAAGAAGGUCUCUUUCAUGCUCACAAAAGUAACAAGCCAUUGAUGGUUAUUCAUCACUUAGAAGACUGUCAAUACUGCCAAGCACUAAAGAAAGUAUUUGCCCGAAGUGAAGAAAUUCAAGAAAUGGCUCAGAAUAAUUUCAUCAUGCUGAAUCUCAUGCACGAGACCACUGACAAGAAUUUGUCACCUGAUGGACAAUAUGUGCCUAGAAUCAUGUUUGUGGAUCCUUCUUUAACAGUUAGAGCUGAUCUAACCGGAAGGUAUUCUAACAGACUAUACACCUACGAGCCUCAGGAUUUACCCAUAUUGAUAGAAAACAUGAAGAAAGCACUAAGACUGAUUCAGUCAGAGUUAUGAGAGAUGACGGAGAGAAG